ACUAGCUAGUAUCCAGACAAGGAUAUAAAUUGAGACUUUCCAGGUGAGAGGAGUAAUUAAAUUAACUCCUCGAAGGGAGUACUGGAGGAUUGAGAUGGGCCACAGGUGCUGCAACAAACAGAAAGUUAAGAGAGGGUUGUGGUCUCCCGAAGAAGAUGAGAAGCUUGUCAAAUAUAUCACCAGCCACGGUCAUGGAAGCUGGAGUUCUGUCCCUAAAUUUGCUGGUUUAAAAAGGUGCGGUAAGAGUUGCCGUUUGAGAUGGAUAAACUACUUGAGACCGGAGCUCAAGAGGGGUUCCUUUUCUGCGGAAGAAGAGCAGAUCAUCAUAGAUGUCCAUAGAAUUUUAGGCAACAGAUGGGCUCAGAUAGCAAAACAUCUUCCGGGAAGGACAGACAAUGAGGUGAAGAAUUUCUGGAAUUCAUGCAUAAAGAAAAAACUCAUGGCACAAGGCUUGGACCCAAAAACUCACAACUUGAUCCCCUCUCAUCAGAGAGCAGCUAAUAAGAUUGCAUGCAAUAUAUCACAAUCUAACCAACAACCCUUUUCAAUUAUCACCCUGGAUUCAAAGAUGAAAGAUUAUUCCAUGGAGAUGAACCCUCCUAUUCUAACACUACCUUCCCCUUAUCCUUCUAAUAGCAGUACUCAACCACCAUUGCUACAGACCACAACCAGAUUGCCGUUGCCCACCUCUAGUUAUCAAAACCCUAGUGUCAUUUGGAAUGAAAAUACUCAAAACUCCCAGGAUUCUUCCAUUUUUCCUUGUUUAUCAUCCAUUGAGAACACAAUCAUUUCCUCUUCAUCUUCGUCUUCAGCGAACCCAACUGGGUUCGGUCUCUUGGAUGAGAAUUGCUUUUGGAGAACUAAUAUCAAUGGUGAGCCCUUUGAUGCAGCAAAAAUAUUCGAAGUCAUGCAAUCACAGGAUCAAGAAAACCAGCCAAACAAGAUUUGUGACACACAAAUCAUGGAUAAUACUAAAGGUGUUCACGACAAUAUGGAUGCUUCAUUUGACACUACUAGUUACGAUCUUGAGUUUGUCGACUCCACAAUAUUAUUGCCUGGUUCAAUGUGUCGUGAUCUUAGCUCCAUGGAUGAUCUUGCAUGGAACUUUUAGGCCUCCACGUGCGUGUAUGUAACAAGGGCUACAUUGCCGGUAGGUUUUGCUUAGUUUCGGCAUCCCAAAAUAUAUAUUUGAAGAAAAAAAAUGCUUCAAUUUGUCGCUACCAACUUCUUUUGAGCGUGAAAUAAUAUUAGUGAUAUCAAUUAAGACCAUUAAUUGUUUAAAUUUGAAAGUACCCAUUGGAUGCUGAGUUCAUAUGUAAGGAUAUAUGUAAAAAAUUUUAUGGCAAUCUUUUGUAUCGAUGCCAUAUGUAAAUGCAUAGUUUUGG